AUGUCCCCAGAGAGCCCCAGACAGUCAGCGUGGAAAGCCAACAGUCCUGGGCAAUACUCCUACUCAAGACUGGGAGCCGGCCCAGAACUCAUCCAAACACAGACCAGUAGCCCGCAGCAUAGACACUUCUGGCACCGCUUAAAGCAAGGCUUUUCCGACAGUCCCAAACCACACAGCUCUUUGCCUACAUCGCCAAAGCGGCAACCAAAGGAAGGCUUUACUAGGGAGCGGGAAGCAGCCCCCUCUCCAGCGUCCUCUCCUCUGCGGCUGUCACCUGAAGCAGUGCAUGUGGACAACCAGGAAGCCAGUGUGAAAGCUUCCGCAAAGCUACUACGGACUUACAUGAAGAGUCGGUCCAAGACGCAGAGCUUGUGCGGUUUCCUAGAAGCUGCUGGACCAGUAGAAAGCAAUGAUGUGAACGAGAUCUAUGCUUGGUCGUGGCUGCUUCUUGUGACCGCAAGCGUCCUCCGCGUCAAGAAACCUUACCGGCUUCAACUGCGGUACCUUCUUCGGGUGGCUGAUCACGUUGCUGAUCCGGGUUGGCCCGUGCCUCCAACUGUCCUGCUUGUCCUGUGUGACAAGCUCGGCUUCUUCGCUGACACCAGCCCGUAUGUCUUGCUGCGCUCGAAAGAGAGAGUCCUCUUGAGGUCGCUUGCGGAGAAAUUGUCCAGCAUCGCUCGCACGGUCCUCGAAUGGUACUUCCUUCAUCAGGCGAGCAGAGUCCGGGCAGCUCUCGUCGUUGGUGCCGUCCGCGUCUCCUUCGAACACGAGGGGACCGAGCUGCUUCCUGCACAGGAGAUUGAGGCUUCUCUCACCUUGGCCGCUCAGAGGCGCUACACCGAGCUGAAGGGGCACGCAGAGAAGGUCACGAAGCAGAUUUUUUUGGCGUUCCUGACCAGAAACGUCACGACCGAGCUCGACGAACAGUUCCAGAGAUACCCCUCCGAACAUUUCCCGGCGGUGCACCCCGUGCGCAUCGCGGCCGCCACCUUCUGCGCCAACCUCCUGCGCGAGCUGCACUCGCUCCAGGCCGCCUCCGCCCUCGAGAUGAACCGCGACUUCUUCACGCUCUUCGAAUCCUUCCUGGAGCUCGACGCGCUCGCAAACCGCGGACCGAACGCCCCCGACGCGCAGAACCCAGAGAUCAGGAUCAGUAACCUGCACGGCCAGCCGAUGACGCCAUUCCUCGCGAAAGUGUGUCAAGUCCUGGAGCCUUACGUCAUCAGUUGGAUCAGCAGUCUGAGCGACCAGUUGCUGCGGUGGGACCAGAGCCUCGUGGUGUCGCUGUCGAAGCAGACGCCGCUGCCGGGGUCGAAGGGGAAGACGAGCCGCUCGCUGCGGGACCUCUUCGACGGCAUCGUUCGGAUCGUGGGCAGCGAAAACGCGCGGCUGGUGUACCGGAGCGCUCCGAGAUACGCUGCACUGCUCGACAAGGCCCUCUGCCGCGUCAUCCUGAAUCGCACGCAAGCCAUCACCUCCCUCUGCCACAAGGCCCUGUCCCAGGCCGCCAAGCAGUAUUACCUCCCACUCCCGCCCGCCCUGAAAAAGUGGCGCCUGCCCGCGACAGGGCCCGUGCUCAGCCCCAACGUGUGCGUCCUGCUCAACGACAUGCGGGAGGUCCGCUCGCGCUUCUCCACCCUAGUUGCUGACAUCACCGCUCCGGCGAGGAACCACCCGAGCGGCCCCUCGUCUCCGCUUCGAAUCGCGAACGGCUCGGAAGAACCGCCCGGUUCUCGAGCGCCGCCGAAACCGCCCAAGGACGCGCCGGCCGGCCGCGCCAAGCCCGGGUUCUUCUCGCGGUUGUGGAGCGGCAGGAGCGCCGGCGCUUCGGACGGACCGGCGGAACGGACGGACGGAACGGAAUCCGGAGUGUCCGAAAUCGACCGAAAUACAACGGGAAAGAAGGCGCGUCCCUCGAAAGACCCGGGCAAGCAGAAGGACGAGCGGAGGACGUCCGAAAGCGGCGGCAAGGCGGAGCGCGAACGGGCCUUGGUUCCGGCGGCUCCGCCUCGGAAGCCGGAGCGGAUCCCGAGCGCCACCCUUCUGAAGCUGGAGGAGGAGAGCCUCAGCUCGAUUGCGCUCCCUAAGCCUUGGAAGAAGGCGGCCGGCGGCGAGGCGGGCGGUUCAAAACCGGGGAAGAAUGACGGAAGCACGUCUCUGCUGUUCAGAGAAGCGGUGGCCCGAAGCCUGUCGGCGCCGGAGAGGCCGCUUCAAAAGCUGCACAAACCGGCGGCUGAGGAGCCCAUUCUCCGCGCCGCGUCGGUGUUUCCAGACACUGGGUCUGGCGCUCUGGAACGGGUGGGGGUGGGGAAGGCCGGGAAGAAAAAAGAGUCGAUGUCGGGACGGAGUGCGGGGAAGGGGGCCGAGGGAGCCCGGGCAGUGGAGAACGGAACGGAGCCGGCGGAACAGGAGCGGAUCUGGGCGGAAGAGGAUGCAAGCGCGGCCUCGACGUCGGAGGAGCGGUUCAGCGUGCUGCGAAUGGAGGUCGAGAAACAGUACUACGAGCUGGUGCGGAGCGUGGCGCGCAUGAUCACGCAAGACUUUGCGCCUUUCCUGGAGGGAGUCAUCCUGGGACCGGAACCGCCGGCGCCUUCCGCCCACCCCGUGCCAGGUGUCAGACGGCGAUCCGCGCGGACAGAUGCGACGGACUUUGGGCUGGCGCUGGAUGCGCGGCGGCGGAUGAAGCCGCUGCUGGACUACAUCAUGGAGACGUUCCAGGACGAGAGGGACCUGAUGGACAGGUCCGUGCUGCGACGGCUGGCGCGAGACACGUGGGACUCGUCUGCCGAGGCCCUGUUGAGCCUGCUUCCGUCCUUCCAGACCGGCGCGACCAACAUCGGCGGCUGCUUACAGGGCCUCGCUGGCGUAGACGACGACUCCCCGUACAGCGACGACGGAGCGUCCAUCGACCUGUCCUCGAUCGACGAGGCCGCGCCAAGACUGAAGAGAGUGGGCGCCGUCUCGGCGCAGAUGGACGAACUGUUUGCCGACUUGAUUGUCAGCGUUAGCACCAGCACAAGUGACUCGAGAAAGAAGGUUUCGCUCGCGCCGGGGAGAGGGGCGGGCGUGGCGCUUCCGGCGAAUGAGGUGCCGCGGAAUGUGAGGAAGCUGCGGGAGGUGCUGGAUGCGUUCUCGGGGGUUGGAAGUGCCGCUUCGUGGUCGUCCACUUCGUAUGCUAGAUAAGGGGAAAGACACUAAACUGCUAAAUAUCGUACUGUGGCGAACGCUUCCAAUAGAUGAACUAUUGAUCAUAUUCCGAAGAAGCUAGGGCUGUCCUGUUGCACAGGGGCCGAUAGCGGGUGUUCCAGUGAGUACUAUGAUGUACUACUAAUGUAGGAUUGGCCGCCAGAUGACUAAGGACGUAAUCUUAGCAAGUGGACGUAGGCAGCCUUGAAAGCGAUCACUCAGCUGCGCGAGUUUAGUGGUUGGAUUAGGUGUAAGAUGUAGCUGCCCUAGGUAUUCAGGACAGAGAAGGAGCCUUCAGAAAGCCUCGUCAUUGAAUUGUCC